CGCCAUACCAUUCACGUACAACACUUUCUGUCAAGAUGCCAAGCUGACAUUGCGGCCAUCUGACCUCGCUCACUCAGAACUAGUAAUUGUGAUAUGGACAGCCCACGUAACUCGCGAAGAAGCUCAGAUUACAUCCUUUGUCACCACCAUGGGGAUUCCCCAUCUUCUGAACCAUCUCUCCCCGUACGGAGUCCUGGGGCCUCUCGAUAGUGACAGGGUUGUGAUUGAUGGCCCUGCCUUGGCGUACCACAUCUACCAUCUUUGCACAAGAAGCACUUCCGGAUUGCCUUCGUAUGACUUGCUUGGAAGGACGGCUCUUGGAUGGCUGGAGAAGCUCACAAGCCAUGACAUCUCUAUUGCCGCGAUCUACUUCGAUGGGUUCCUACCCGCGUCAAAGUCCGAAGUUCGUUUGGAGAGGAUACUCAAAGUGUCUUCAUCAUUAAAGGUCUACCGCUCGGGGUUUCCCAACGGAUGCCCGGCGCGACAGAUAGCUUCGACCCGCAUUUCACUACCUCCGCUCUUCCCAACUGAUGCGCCCAUAAGAGACCAGCCCCUCAUCCCGCCGCCGCCGUUCCUGGUGGCAGCUGUUGUGGACAAGCUCUGCCAGACCUCAAAGUACGCGACCGUCGUCCGUCUCGUACCCGGCGAAGCAGACGCGUACUGCGCCGAGGAUGUCUUUCGGAAUGGGGGAACCAUCCUGACCUCGGACUCGGACCUGACAAUUCAUGAUCUGAAGUUAGGCGCCGUAACAUUCUUCAGGGACCUCCACAUCGCUUCCACCGAGGAAGGGUACCGGCUUAUGGGCCCUAAGUUCUCACCAUCAGAUAUUGCAAGGCGCUUGCAACUUCCCCAAAACCAAGGAAUGCGAAGGUUCGGUUACGAGCUGUCCAAAUCCAGCCGACCAAAGUUCGCCCAGGUUCUUGAAAACUGCAAGGGGGACCUCUUGGAUCCAGAUGAGUUUCGCAGCUUCUGUAUACCAUACGAGACGUUGGAAACAACGGACUGGAGCGAUGUGCCUGUACUUGGCGGUAUCGACAACCCUACCCUCGACGCCAGGCUAUCAGAGGUCGUUUUGCAAUGCGUAGGAUACUCUGGUGUCGCGACGCCGCCUCCAGGGGAAUCCGGCGCAGAGGGAUGCAUGAUGUGCCUACCGCCUCUGUUGGACUGCCCAGCCCGUGCAAGCGCAUGGGAUAGCAGCGCCUCCAUUAGACAAUUGGCAUAUAGCCUUACGUGCCUACUGCGACCUGGGGCUGUAUCACACGUCAGAGAGUAUCGGAGGGUAUACUCGGGGGCGAACCAGGGCAAGCACGUCGCCAUUCUACCACGCCCCUGGAUCAAAGACUCGGUGGACUCUCUGCUUAGAAGCGUAUCCCAAGCGAAAAGCAAUCUAGAACACGAGACAUCCACAUGGCAAGCUGUGGCGUUACAGCUGAUUCUCGCUUACGCGUUGGAGGAGGACAAGCAAGAUGCAUGUCUUGGCUCCAUCAAGCAAGUCUUUUCUGUCGCGAAAGACUCAAAUCUUGUCCCUUGGGACGUCGUCCAUUUGGCAGCGCAGGUCCAGGCGACCCUAUACUCUCUUCGCAUUUUGGCUCAGGUUCUAGACUUAAUGUAUGAGAUAAAGGCAGAAAAGCCUGUUCAAGGCUCGAAGCAGCUGCGCGAGUUGCUGGCGACCUUGCCGCCUCUCGCGGAUUAUCCCUCAGUGAGCGGGACGAUAGCUCUGAUGGCGAGUUUGAAGGCCAACGGUGUGCUGGCCAAGGUUGCAACAGCGCUCGAUCUGCCAGAAGAGGCGCUUCUGCCAUCUAAGGAGAGCAAGAGCAAGAGCCAGAAGAAGAAGAAGCGGAAGAAGACCUCAGAGACGGAACCUCGGGCAAGGCCAGAGAAGAAAGUGUCGUCGAACCCCUUCGAUAUUUUGGAGACUGAAUAGCAAAGUUCAGCUGGAUCAGAAAGGCGUUUCCAGUUCACAGAACGUCCAGUUGGUGAGUAGAGAGUGCCGAGAAGACUAUUGAACUCUCAACCCAUGGAAUUUGCAGAGUAACAUGAGCACAGUAGGGCAGGAAGUCCCUAUAUCAAAUGAUAAUAUCACAGAGUGCUCAGUUGGCUCUUAUUGGUUGUUCAUGCCACCCUACAAUUACUCAAAACAAUGUCCCAUCGUCGUGGACCUGUGGAAUAAAGCCGGGACAAAGCCAGCCCCUGCCCUCAGGACAGGUGAAGAUAACCUUUCCAUCGCCACGCAAUAGACCCAUCUUGAACCGCCAGUCUGUCUUCACCGCAAUACCAUUUAUCCGGAGCCAAUAAGCAAGUAUCCCUUCCGGUGUGCAACCCUCCUGCCCUUCAGGUUUCUUCUCUCUGGUCUUGGUAUUGAAGCCCUUCCACUUCGCCGUCUCUUUCUCCAAGGUUCGCAUGUAGAUGAACUCGCGGUAGAGAGCCAGGUAGGUGAACAUUGCGUUGGGGCGGCCGAACGCCGUGAUGUCGGUGACACCCGCGCGCAGCUCGCCGUCGUGAAGCAUCGCGUACCAUGUCCAGUCUAAGGUGACGCGGGGCGCAAGAAUGCCAUUUUCGGGCACCUUCAGCGACGACAGCGCUGGUGAGUCGCCCCAGUAGAGAAGAUCGAGACGGCCCUUGUAUAUAUAGUCAUACGAGAUUCCCUCCUUGAUCAUGUAGCUCUGGAUCUGUUGGCUGGCGAGGUACAGCGCCUUCCACUGGCUGAGCUGGUGAUUCAGCUUAUCCUCACCGCACUCCUCAACCAGCACCGCUGGAGGUUUGAGGACGCUCUCCUUGACUUCAUCCAGCUUUCUGACCUCGACCGUCUUGAGGGAUUCUCCGAAGCAGGAUUUCAGGUGCUUUGUUAUACUUUCUUUAUCCACUGGGUCGCUGGAGUCAUGAUUCACGUCUUCGAGGUACGUGAAUACGUGGACGUCAACACCACCGCUUCCGGUCCAUGUUUUGACGAGCUUGUUGUUCUGCUCCUUGCACGUCUUCAAGUAUGUGCGCAGAAAUCCAGUGUAAACGAUCGCGAGUCGGCCCAUGUCAUCGGCGGCACGGUGUAGGAGGCAUGUCGUCUUGCUCCCGGCACGUAUGUGUAGUUUGCCAGAGUCUAGGAGCUCGAGGACAGGCUUCUCGUCACCGGCAUCGACGGAGCCGCAGUUGGGCAGGAGGUUUGAUACCCAUGGCGUUGCGCCAUACGGCGCGGCCGUCUCAUUAGCCCAAGAGAGCAUCAGCACACCCUCCUGGGUAAGCUCGACCUGCCAUGUAACGGGCCAGUGGUAUUCGGUGUCGGAGGUGAAUAGCUCGGCAUUGGUAUUCGUGUCGAGGAGAGAAAGCGAACCGCUGUCGAGAAGGUGAAGCUUGUAGCGGCCGUUGGGAGACGUGAGCCGGAAAGGCGACAGGGUCUGGCCAGGUUCGAGCUUGGAGACCGUCUUCGUAUCAGGCUUUACUUCUGGGACCGAACCAGAGGUUGGUUUCGAGGCCGACCCUUUCACCUCCGUCGCGCUAUGCGGCGCAGCAGGAACGGCAAGAGACGUAGUCGCAUCAGCGGCGCCAGGAGGCUUGCGAACAGGAUCGUGUGGGAUUGAGGUCCCAGUCGAGGCAUCUUUGCCGUCGGUCGUAGGGGUGUUGUGGCUGAGGCUGGUUGGUACGUUGUAGCCGACGUGGGGGAGCUGGGGAACAAGGAAGAUUGCCGCGAUGAGGAAGACGGCGGCCACGAUGGCCAAGCGCACACAUGUACCACUCAGCAUCCUGUACGGUUUUUGAAUGUAUUAUCUCGGCAACUCGUCCAUUGCUGAGAAGCUACCAGCUUAUUUGCGAGUUCUGCCUGUGAUGCGGGGCCGUCCCGAGGCGACAUGACCUCUUCGAUGCGACAGGUUUG